AUGGGCCAGCAACAGUCCAAAGGCAGCAGCGAUGGUACCCGCACUCCUCUGAAAAGUGGCUCUUCCUCGAACCUCGUCCCCGAUGGCUUGCAGCAGUACCCCUCCUUCUCUAAAUCCGAUACCAAAGAAAGCACUUCGCGUUCCAUUCGCUCCUCGAUAAGAAGCAAGAUCAGAAGUGGUUCCACCGAUGACAAGACCGAUUCUCCGCGCGCCAGCGCAUCGGCCCUGGCUGGUCUUGACGGCGCUGACAAAAGUGAGACCAGCUCUGUGAAAUCGGGUGCCAGUGCCUCCACCAAACGCUCUGCUCAAGCCCAGUCCCCGACCGCCAUCGACGACGAUGAUGACGAGGCUCCUUCGCCAGGCAAUGCCACACCCGCUCGACCUCCAUCUCCCACGCAAUCCAAGUCAGUUGGUAAAGGCCAUAAAUCCUUAGACCGCGCCCAACGAACCGGCGAGGUAGGCGCAGUAUCAUCUGACGCACCUAACCAAGCUCAUCAUCACUCCGCCACGCAGAAAGCUGGCGACUCGAUCCUCGUCAAGCGUGACAACCAGAUCAAUCCACGUGCUCCCGAAACCAAAGCCUCACUGCGCGCUAAACUAGCCGAAGGUCUUCCAGGUGCAUCGCCUGGUGGGAGCAUGACGCUCAAUGAUGUCAGUGACAUGGAUUUGGACGAUAUGAUAUCUCGUCUCCUCGAUGCGGGCUACUCUACCAAGGUCACCAAGGCUGUUUGCCUCAAAAAUGCCGAGAUCACCGCCAUCUGCACUGCUGUUCGCGAGGUUCUCCUCUCCCAACCGGCGUUACUAGAGCUCAGUGCGCCUGUCAAGAUUGUUGGUGACAUCCAUGGACAGUACAACGAUCUGAUCCGCCUCUUCGAGAUGUGUGGCUUUCCACCAACUUCCAACUUCCUCUUCCUAGGAGAUUACGUGGACCGUGGCAAGCAGUCGCUCGAAACUAUUCUGCUUCUCUUUUGCUACAAGCUCAAAUAUCCCGAGAACUUCUUCAUUCUUCGAGGGAACCACGAGUGCGCCAAUGUCACUCGCGUGUACGGCUUCUACGAUGAGUGCAAACGAAGAUGCAAUAUUAAGGUUUGGAAGACUUUCAUCGACACUUUUAAUUGCUUGCCAAUUGCUGCGAUUGUUGCUGAAAAGAUCUUCUGCGUUCAUGGUGGCCUGUCACCAAGUCUGACACAUAUGGACGAUAUUCGUCAAAUUGCUCGACCGACAGACGUGCCUGACUAUGGGUUACUCAACGAUCUACUGUGGAGCGACCCGGCUGACAUGGACCAAGACUGGGAAUCUAAUGAGCGUGGUGUCUCCUACUGCUUUGGUAAGAAGGUCAUCAUCGAUUUCUUGGCGAGACACGAUUUCGACCUUGUGUGCCGUGCACACAUGGUGGUUGAGGAUGGAUAUGAGUUUUUCAACGAUCGCCUUUUGGUUACGGUCUUCUCGGCUCCCAAUUACUGCGGCGAGUUCGACAAUUGGGGUGCAGUUAUGUCGGUCUCAAGCAACCUUCUAUGUAGCUUCGAACUGCUGAAACCGCUCGAUUCCAAUGCGCUGAAGAGCCAUAUCAAGAGAGGGAGAAAUGCCCGACAGAACAUGCUGAACUCUCCGCCUGCGCAGGUAUCUGCCCAGAGCUUCUAG